AUGUCUGAGCCUACACCCUAUCUUGAUCCUCUGAGCGAGGCGCUCUUUGAGGCAGUCGGAGUUAUCCCAGCGGAUAUUCCCAUCGAAGAAUUCCGCGAGGAGAAUGAACAAUUGCAAGCACACAAAGAGUUGGGCGGAGUGACGCGGGAGAGCUUUGUUGUCCCUUUUGAGGCCGGUGUUACGACAUGGAUCUACAAGCCGAUCACACAUGGCAGGGAACCACUGCCCGUAAUAUUCUUCGUCCAUGGUGGCGGUUGGAUCGCCGGAACAGACCUGGCUCUCCGUACCGGCUUUGCGGUUGUGUUCCCGGAAUACACACUUGCACCGGAGGCAGUGUAUCCUACGCAGCAAGAGGAGUGCUAUGCCGUUUUGAAAUGGAUCUCGAAGAACGGCAAGAGAAAGGGGCUCAAGCAAGAUACUUUUGCCCUUGUUGGGGACAGCGCUGGUGGUCAACUCGGAUCAGCAGUGAACAUCCUCUCCUUCACCCGUCGACCUAAAAUUCAUAUCAAACAGAACGUCUUCAUCAGCCCUGUGGCUGAUGCUGAAGCGACUGGCAAGGAGACGGCUAGCGAAUUUCGCUUCUUCGACGGACCACUGUUCACGGUGCCCCUCAUCCGGCGCGCCGUUAAGAUUUAUAUCCCCAAUGAAAGAGACCGCACGUCCGAGGAGGCCAACCCCCGAUUCAUCUCCGAUAAGACGGCUAAACAGUUCCCCAAGACUCUCAUCAUUACGAGUUCAGCCGAUAUGCUCGAGUCAGAGGGCAAGUUGUUCGGUGAGAAGCUUCAGCAAGCUGGAGUGGACUGCACCGUCAUUCGUGCUGAGGGCCAGCUCCAUGAUACUGUUGUGCUUGAGGGAACGAGGAACGGUCCCACGCCUCAGGUCCUUAUGGCACUGAUCGCCGACCAGAUCAGCAGUGCUCUGUCUGUGAAAGAUGACAAAGUCCACAAGAUCGAGGAUGGCGAGGGGCAGAAUGGGCGUAAACGUCGCAGAAGAAAUUAG